CAGCCUGACUCUGACACAGCCGGCAUGACUGCAAACUGAGAGCUGCUCACACAAAGGGAGGCACAUUGCUUCAUUUUUAGACGCAUAAAUAGUGUUUUAUUUCUUCCUAUUGAGGGAAGGAAGGAAGACGGCCGAUUUAAAGAGUGCUAAGGAGGAGCAUCACAAGCAGGUUUGUCCCUGAUAACGUCGCUGGCUGAGGAAGGAGAAAACAGAACUGCUUCAUCAUGAAUUUUAUAAUGAAAGCUGCGCUGGGAGGAGGCCCCCCUGAUGUCGGCAAGAUGCUGGGCGGGGAGGAGAAGGAGGAGGAUCCUGAUGCAGCAAAGAAAGAGGAGGAGCGACAGGAGGCACUGAGGCAGCAGGAGGAGGAAAGGAAGGCCAAAUAUGCCAAGAUGGAGGCUGAGAGGGAAGAUAUGAGGCAAGGAAUCAGGGAUAAGUAUGGGUUGAAGAAAAAAGAAGAGGUGGAGGCUGAAGCAGCGGCUGCUGCAGAGGAGCCUGCAGCCGGCAGCUUGACUCGACCCAAAAAGGCCGUGCCAUCUGGCUGUGGUGAUGAGGAGGAAGAGGAAAGCAUCAUGGACACAGUGAUGAAAUACCUGCCUGGCCCUCUGCAAGACAUGCUAAAGAAGUAGCUUAGCCUAGCAGCUAACUAAAGCUAACAUCUGACUGAAUUUACAGGCUACAUUCACAAGGCUUGAAUCAGGUUUUUACUGUCAAUGUAGAUUUGAAAUAGAAUUUAGAGGAGUGUUUCUUGGUGUUAAAUCACAGCUUUGUAGUAGGGUAACUUCUCAAAUGUGAACAAACAGACUAAACUGACUCAACAGCCAGGUGAAUGUUAACUGGAGCGAUGUUAGCAUCGGCCAUGUUGGAUUUCAAAGCUAACAACUAGUGGAGGGCUAAAGUCACACUUCAGAUGGUUUAUCCUUCUAGUCUGAGAGGUUUUGAACUUUUUUUUUUCUCCUCUGCAUUUGCUGCAGCUUGGAAAAAUUACUGUCUGCCACCUUCACUCAGUUUGUAAAUAAGUGCAUACCCUCAAGGUGGGCAAACAAUAAUAGAUAUCACAUCUAAAAGAAUAUAUCAGUGGCUACUAAAAAAAAAGAAAAAAAGAAAGAAAAAAAUCCUAAUAAGCCAUAUUUUAAGAACAAUUUAAAGACUAAUGUGUGUUCCUGAAGUUUCUGUUCCAUGUGUUCUGUCUAAUAUGUAAAACUUUUUGCACACAGUGUUCCACGUAAUAUGUAAAACCUUUUUGUCUUUUCAGGCGCACUCCUUCAAACACGUUACACGUCGUUCAUGUCGUACAGUGUGCAGAAAUCUUUCUACUUACUUGCCCAGUGUUAUGUCUUGCAUGCCAUAUGUCUGGACAGUUUGUCGUGUGAAUAUGUAGUCAAACCACCUGAUUCUUGUCAAUCUCGUUUCUUAUCAUGCAAAAAAAAUACCAAGGCAAUAACUUAAGUUUGACUUUGUUUACUUCCAUGUUGAUAUAAUCGUUAGUUAUAAUAUUAUCAAUAGUUUAAAAAAAAUAGUUAUGGAUGUAUUCAGGACAAUAAUUUUGAUUUGCUGGGUGUCUUUUUUUUGUCGUUUUUGAGGAAGAAUGACUGCUGUGGCUGUUUUGAACAACAGCCAAAACCUUAAGCUUUCAGCCAUAACACCAGAAGUUACAGUAUCUAUACUACUUCAAUCAGGAUCUAUGAGAUGGAUAUUUUGAAUGAUACAUGUAUUUAUUUAUUUAUUUAUUUUUAUUAAUAUUAUGUCGAAGAGACCGUAACUUGUUGGAGAGUUGCCACUAUCCUUUAAUGCACAAUCCCAGCCUACUAAUUUUGUUUCACAGAAAAUCACAUCAAUACGUGUUUUAUGAGAUUCAGAAUUGCCGUUUUGGAUGGAGCUUAUGCAGAAUGACAAGAGCAAUAAAGGUUUAAAUGUAUGUUUCUGCCUGAGAUACAAUAAAAAUUUAAAAUC